AUGAGCGAUAUUCAAUACUCAAAAUACGUUUCAAAUCAAUAUGGUUUUGAACUUGAAUAUCCAUCAAAUUGGAUAGUAAAGGAACAUUCAGCAAUGUUUUUAGCAUCUUUCAUGGAAUCAAACGAUAAAAACUCACCAAGUCUUAAUGUUACAAUUCAAAAUUUAGAAGGAUCAACUGGAUCAGAUCAAUCUAUGACACCAAAACAAUUAUUAGAUAUUUCAAUUCAACAAAUUCAACAAAUUAAUGCAACCCAUAUUGAAACAGGUUCAUGUAAAAUCGGUUCAAACAGUGCAGACUUUUUAUCAUAUUAUGCACCAGAACAAAAAGUAAGAAAUAAACAAUGUUUCUUCAUAAAGAAUAACAAUGUAUUCAUCAUUUCAUAUACCUCAUCAAAUGGUGAAUUCACAAAGAAUUUACCAGCAUUGGAACAUUGUUGUAAAACCUUUAAGAAUUUCGAAGCAAAAGGAUUUAAAUACACUCAAAUGGAAGCAUUCACAUCAAGUAUUAAAAGCUCAUCAUCAGCAGCAACCUAUUAUUACCAAUAUUGGGUACCAAAGACAUGGAAAUCAAAAAAAGAAUCUAAACAUCAAGAAUAUACAGACUCUUCAAAUAACUUAUCAUUAGUUGUUGAAGUUCAAAAUAAAACCAAUACUCCUCAAGUUAAAGAAACUAAAAAAUCAACUACCAUCACUAAUAAUAAACAUCAUUUCCACUACGAUGUAACCAUUGAAGAUAUUCAUCUCUCAUUGGUCUUUACAUGUUUAGAGAAUGAAUCAAACUCUUGGGAACCACUAUUCGAACGUUUUAUAGCCGAUUUAAAGAUUGGCACAUCAUUUUUAGAAUCACCAGUUUACAAUCGUUUCUAUAAUUUCAUCUUCAAAUUCUACGUUCACAUUCCAAAAUCAUUCGCAAUGGACCCAAGAUCAUCCAAUUUCACCUCUUUAAUUUUCCUCGAUCAAGAUUAUCCAAUGUAUCCAAUAUUUAAUAUCACAUUGGAGGACUUGGGUGCUCCAAUCAAAUUGGAGCAAUAUAAAGAUCUCCUCUUGUCUUUCUAUGAAAACUCUGUCGAAAAUGCACGUAUCAUCUCUCAAGAUCCUGCUCGUAUCGAUAAUUAUCGUGCUCUUCGUAUCAAUAUGGAUGGUCGUGAUCCUGAAAUCGAUAAAGAUUGUAAAGUCAUCAUUCAAUGUGCUGUCGUUCAACGUACAAAAGGUUUAUUAUUAAAUCUUCGUCUUCCAAAAAAUAUUUUCGACACUGCUUAUAAAAAAUACUUUUAUAUAUUCCCAAGUUUAGUAUUUUAUAAUUAA